AUGGACAGCUGUCCGUCGUGGGACUUUUCCCUCUCGGAGAAAACCUUCCUGGCUUUCUUCCUGCUGUUCCUCGCCUGCGUCGUCUUCUCGGUCGCCGCUAACGGAUUCCUCUUCUUCCUGGUGGCGCGGUACAGGCAGCUCCUGUGGCAGCCGCAGUACAUCCUGCUGAAGAACAUCUCGGCAUGCGGCGCCGGCACGGGUUUCACCGCCGCCCUCGCGCUGUCGGUGUCCGUCACGCAGAGGAAGACGCAGAGCUACGGGUCCUGGUGCGUCGCGCAGUUCUGCGUCCUGCGCUGCUUCUUCCUGACCUCCCAGGUCACCUUGGCCCUGAUGGCCCUGGAGCGCUACGUCUUCAUCUGCCACGGCAUCCACUACCUCAGGGUCAUCAGCGGGCGCAACGUCCAUGUCUGCGUCGGGCUGGCCUGGCUGCUCAGCGGGGCGGCCAGUGUCCACGGGGGGCUGAUCCUGAGCCGGGCCGAGGGGGGCUCCCGGCGGCCGACCGGCGGGCUCCUGUGCGACGCCGUCACCGUCAGGCAGCACCUGGCGUUCUCCGUCCGAGACGACGUGCUGGUGUUCGGACCGCCGUCCGUCCUCACCGUCCUGUGCAUACUGACCAUCUGCUACUGCUACGCCUGCAUGUACCACGCCGCGCUCAAGGUGAGCAUGGCGCUCAAGUGCAGCAACCACCGGGCCAGCCGCACGGUGGGACUCUACAUCUUGAUGUUCCUGCUGCAGCUGGCGUUCAACGUGUUCUUCGUGGUCCUCACGCUGUCCGAGAAGAGGGACGCCGCCUCCUGCGGCGUCCACCGGUCCCUGGUGACGGCGCUGCUGAUCGCCGUUCCCCCGGGCAUCUUCGCCUCGUUCUUCGCCACCAGGAACCCGCAGAUCAACCGGCUGCUCCGCAAGUUGAGGGGCGCGUCCGCCGGCGGGAUCCGGAGGAUCCGGCAGAGCAGCGGCAGCAGCGCCGAAAGAACUGGGAAGCCAACGCUUCACGUGGAGCGGGAAGGACUGAACAGCUCGCCUCCGCCGCUACCUGGAUACAUCUGGACACAUUCUGAGGACCGGCAGGAGACCUGA